AUGGGGAAAGUGUUCUUCGUUGGUUGGGCGCUGUGGGAGAAAAUGACCUUUGUCCUUGCCUGCCUUAUUGUAUNNGUCCUGACUAUCUUUGCUGGCUGCCUCAAGCUAUGGUACACGCACCACAAACUUCGAAAAUACGAGAAGAACGGUCCUCGGCCAAUCAAUCGUGAGAAGAGUAUCAUCCGCAGCUUGAGUAUGCGCAAAGGCCCAAAGAAGCAGNAAGCAGAAACAAAAGAAAAGUCGGCCAACGAGGUUAUGGUCCAAAAGAGACGUCUGAUGGACGAUGGACCAAAGAUUCCGUUCGGUAUCCGAGCGAUCGAAAGCGGCAUUGAGGUCGAUGGUGUAUGGAUUUCUCGCAGCAACACACCAGCUGCAAGCAUACGCGAGCCCUCUUCAAGCUCUAUAUCAGCCUACAGACCCGUCCCACAACAGAGUCGACAAGGCUCAUUGACAGACGUUGGGAUGACUCUUACGAACAAUGGCACAGAAACCUCGCCAUUCGAUGGAUCUGUCGCGUCGUCUUCAAGAGAGCCAAGCCAGACGCUUUCUAUGGAUCGUUCGAUGUCUAUCGGCAGUAUUGGGAGUAACCCACCAUCCUCCCCUGAGCCUGUUGCUUCAGCUUCUCGUCGGUACCCUCCGCACUCAUACCAAAGAUAUGAAGGCAGUAGCUCAAAACAUUUCCGCAAUGCUCAUACUCUUGAAACUAGGAUUCCCACUGGCAUGCCAACUGAUCCAGCCAGAAUUGUCAGCUACCAUAGCUCCUACUCAGGUUCGUCGAGAGGAGGCAGCAGUGGAAGCAAUGACCUACCAGCAUCAUAUCUCGACUUUGCAAGACCACCUCCAGUCCACUCUAGCGGCAAUCCGGCAUUUGACGACGCUCUUCAGACCCACCGUAUGUCACAGGUAGCUGAAACAGGGCGUCUGGUACCUAGAAGUCGCCGUACCGGUACCUCCGGAGACUGGACUUCAUCGCCUUCGGGGGCAAGCGAAGUACAUAACUUUUCCCUUCCAAGCUCACAGUCACCUCCACCUCCUGGCUCAUCCAGUUCUAACAACACGUCCAAUCCUUUCACUACUCCUGUGUCAGAGAAGCAUCCGGAGGUCGAAUUUCCAGAGCCCAAGACACCCGCCUCAGAGUCUAAAUCGCGUCGCGGGUCAAGCAUGUCGUACACACGCCCAGAUCCGACUGUGCUACGCGCAGUAAACUCAGGCUUUGCCGUGCUCAAGCCAGGUACAUUGGAAGCAGAGGCUGCAGCCAAAGAAUCUGCUCAGGGCGUGGCAUACCACCACGCGCGAGCACGAUCAGCAAGCUUCGACAGUAACGAGAGACGGCAUAGUCGUAAGCUGCAAAAGAAACGUCGACCCAGCAAUAGCUCACACGAGUCAAAAUCGAGCUUCGACGCUGCGUCUGACCUCGAGCGUGGUGAUGUCAAGUACAGCUUCGACCAGCACCAACCUUCUGACCACGACAUUGAACAUGGCUCGCAAAUUGAAGCAUCGGGUUCAAAGUACAAGUUUUAA